ACUUCCGGCGCGACGGGGGUCCCGCGGCCGGAGGUGCCGCUGCAGAUCGGCGGCCAGGCACACCUGGGAACACACUGGGGAGGAGGUGAUCUACACCGCUGAACACUAUGAAUAUUGUCUUUGAGAUCCUCCUGCUGCUGCUCACUAUCAUCUACUCCUACUUGGAGUCCUUUGUGAAGUUAUUUAUUCCCCUGAAAAGGAAAAGUGUGAGUGGGGAAACCGUGCUGAUUACAGGAGCUGGACAUGGCAUAGGAAGAGUUACAGCUACAGAGUUUGCCAAACUUCACAGUGUUCUGGUAUUGUGGGAUAUUAAUAAGUGAUCUACACCGCUGAACACUAUGAAUAUUGUCUUUGAGAUCCUCCUGCUGCUGCUCACUAUCAUCUACUCCUACUUGGAGUCCUUUGUGAAGUUAUUUAUUCCCCUGAAAAGGAAAAGUGUGAGUGGGGAAACCGUGCUGAUUACAGGAGCUGGACAUGGCAUAGGAAGAGUUACAGCUACAGAGUUUGCCAAACUUCACAGUGUUCUGGUAUUGUGGGAUAUUAAUAAGAAUGGUGUUGAGGAAGUUGCUGCAGAAUGCAGAAAGAUUGGAGCCAAAGUUUACUCAUAUGUGGUGGACUGCAGCAAACGUGAGGAUAUCAAUGCAGCUGCUGAUAAGGUGAAACAGGAAGUGGGCGAUGUCACCAUCCUCAUAAACAAUGCUGGGGUUGUGUUCUGUGCAGACUUAUUGUCACUAGAGGAUCACCAGAUUCAGAAGAUAUUUGAAGUGAACAUCCUUGCUCACUUCUGGACAACCCGGACCUUCCUACCAUCCAUGAUGCAGAAUAAUCAUGGCCAUAUUGUGACUAUCGCUUCAUCAGCCGGACUAAUUGGAGUCCCAUAUUUGGUGGAUUAUUGUUCUACAAAGUUUGCUGCAAUUGGAUACCACAAGGCUCUGACAGCUGAACUUGCAGCACUGCAGAUGUCAGGGAUAAAGACAACUUGCCUCUGCCCUGUAUUCGUUGACACUGGAUUUGUGAAAAAUGCAAGCACAAGACUUGCUCCCAUUUUGAAAACAGAAGAGGUUGUCAAGAAGUUGGUGGAUGGUAUUCUGACUAAUAAGAAGAUCAUUUGUAUUCCAGCUUUUCUAUUAUUUUCUAGUGUUUUAGAAUUGUUUUUACCAGAGCGCGCUUUGAGAGCUAUUAACGCAUUCCAAAAGAUCAAAUUUGAUGCCAAAGUGCAGAAAGUUCACAAGGACAAGUAGAUUUACUUGGAGAAUUUAGAUGCUCACAUUACCAUAAAUUGGUCACAGGAAAUUAAAUGGAUAAAGGAAAUACCACAUUAUUUUAAGUUACGAUAAUAAUAAUGAACUGUUAAGAAAAUGUGUUUGAGAAAGGUAAUUCUGUUGCAAUUAUAAUACAGUAUAACAUUUUUAUUUUUAAUGCGCCUCUCAUGUAGGGAAUGUACAAUGUAAAACAAUAUUGUAAAUUAGAAAGUAGAUUGUGACCAACCUGGGAGACUCGGGGAGCUUCAUGUGUGGUCCCAAAACUGUACAAAGGGUGGCCUACCAUAUAUAUGUUUGCCUAUAGUGUAUUCAUUGUAUACCUAAAAUUGAGCAUCAUUAAAGCAUUCACAGUGAA